CCAUGGAAAUUAGAUAACAUUAGGAUGAGAGAAUUAAGGAGGUUGGGAAGGCAUCAUUCCAAACCCUACUACCCGCUUCGAGUUUACCAUUAUUUUUUUAACUUUUUGACAGAAUAAUCGAAUGAUUUAUUGAUUUGCGGUUUCAAAGAAACUCUGAAAAUGAGAAUUCUCUGUCGUAAGAUAGGGAUUAUGAAUUAUUUGCAAUUAAAAACGGACACACAUCCCAGCAUUGCGUGUGGCGACCUUCCUCUUCUGGGGUGAGAUACUACGAUGCCGCUACCCAUGUGGGGUUUGCCGACAUACACAACGCGGCGAAUAAUCGGUCCAAUAUCAACUUUCGGCCGUUCGCACGUAUGAAAAACUCGGUUGGAGGUGUUUUAUAGGACAUUUCUAUCGGUGAUUCUAUAGGAAUUCUAUAUGUCUAUCGGAUAUGCUAUUCGAACAAUUCUAUACACAGUUCGUGUAUAGAAAUUCCUAUAGAAUCACCGUAUAGAACACCUCUGUCGAAUUUUUUAUACGUGCGUGGUCACCUCAUAGGCGUAACGACGCACGCCGAUAUAUUCAAGAUAUUUAUUGCGACAGUGAACGUAAGUGAGCUAAAAAAAUCCAAUGUCAAGUGCCCACAGAAUGAAAAAAUUUCGUUCUUUGAGACAAACACGAAAUUCUCAGGAAAGUAGUGUUGACUUGGAGUUGAACGACAGCAAUUCUAACCUCCAAAACGUGCGACUGGACGAGGAUAGCACAGAGAUAGAAGUGAUGAAAACUAAAAAACCACCUGUUCUAGCUAAAGACAAAGUUAAUGAAGCUCUGAGAAAUACAAUUUCGAUACGUGAGAACGUUGUGACGAAAGUAACUGCCAAAGCAACUGUUGAGUCUCCAAGAGUUCAAGGCGGAGCUAAACCAAAAGAAGUCACCUUGUCUUCUCUAUCCUCGACACCUAAAGGAAAGUACAAUCGAGUUCGUGUAAUUAGUAGUUCCGAUGACACCUCUCAGGAAGAUGAUACAUCUCCUCAGAGAAAUGAUAUUCCUCUUCAGAGAGACUCGAGAGCAUCCAAUCAAAGUCCAGAAAUGAUUUUAGAUAGUGACGCUCUAAAUUCUUCACUGCAGUCAAAUGAAAAGAGGAAUGUACGAAGCUACAGUAGAAAUAGUGUUUCGAACAUGAGCAUUGAUUCGGAAGAAUCCUUGAGAAAAUCUGUCUCCGAAACUCCAAAGUGAUCAAAGAAAAAACAAG